AUGCUCAUUCAAAAAUCUAGGCUUAAGUGGAUGAAUGAUGGGGAUUCUAAUUCGCGUUUCUUUCAUAAUGUGGUUAGAGAGAAGAGAAGACGUAACCACAUCGGUCCUAUAGUUUGUCCCGGAGGUUUGAUUGAAAAGGUAGAGGAGGUAAAGGAGGAGGUCCGAAAUCACUUUGCUUCGAAAUUCGUUGAGUUAGAGGAGGAUAGAUUGAACCUAGAUGGUAUUCCUUUCAAGUGUAUAAGCAAUGUAGAUCGCGCUUAUCUUGAAAGGCCUUUUGAAGAAAUUGAGAUCAAGGAAGCUAUUUGGGGGUGUGGGAGUGAUAAAAGCCCGGGUCCCGAUGGUUAUUCUUUUUUGUUCAUUAAGAGAUGUUGGUUCUUCCUAAAGGAGGACUUUGUGAGUUUCUUUAAUCACUUUCAUGGGGGCGGAACGUUAUCAAAGGCUAUUAUUUCAUCUUUCUUGCCUUUGGUUCCUAAAUCUUCUAAUCCGGUGGGAGCUUUUGUACCGGGAAGACAACUUUUAGACGGCGUGUUGGUGGCUAGUGAGAUGGUGGAUUUUUCGAAGCAAGAAGGAAGAGCUAGCUUGCUUUUCAAGGUCGACUUUGAAAAGGCUUACGAUAGAGUUUCGUGGAAUUUCCUUAGAUAUAUGUUGGUUAGGAUGGGUUUUGGAGGAGUUUGUAGUGAAGAAGGGGUUAGGCAAGGUGACCCGUUAUCCCCGUUUCUUUUUGUGUUGGUGGCGGAGGGUUUAGCGGGUCUAGUUAAGAAAUCGAGUGAUAUUGGAGAAUAUAAAGGUCUUGAUUUUAAUGGGGGAUGCACGAUAGACAUUUUACAAUUUGCGGAUGACACUCUUUUAGUGGGGGAUAGUUCUUGGAGGCAAGUGUGGGCGAUAAAGGUGGUGCUUAGGGCGUUCGAGUUGGUGUCGGGUCUUGGUAUUAACUAUCAUAAAAGUAAGUUGAUCGGUAUAAAUGUAAAUGCAAAUUUUUUGGAGGCCGAUUCCUUUGUUUUGUCUUGCAAGGUGGAAGAGAGUACUUUCUUUUUUCUAGGCAUUAAGGUGGGAUGUAAUCCGCGGAAAAAUGAGUCUUGGACUCAUCUUGUUUCUAAGAUGAGGAGGAGGUUGUCGGGAUGGAAAAACCGAUUCUUAAGCUUGGGAGGAAGAAUCACUCUAGUGAAAUCGAUUCUUAGCUCUCUUUCCAUUUUCACUAUGUCUUUCUACAAGAUGCCUUCUUCGGUAGCUAAGGAAGUGGAGAGGAUUCAAAAUAAUUUCUUAUGGUGUGGGGGUUUGGAUGAGAGAAGGAAGAUUCAUUGGGUUAGUUGGAAGAACGUUUGUCUUCCGACUUCUAAAGGUGGGCUUGGUAUUAGGGAUGUUGGUGUUUUCAACCUUGCACUUCUUAAUAAAUGGCGGUGGAGGAUCUUAGAAGGGGAAGAAGCGCCAUGGUAUAAUGUUCUAAAAGCCCGGUUUGGUGAUUUGGUGAUGAAUUCUUUUUGUGGAGGUAUGUCUUCUUCUCUUAAUUCUUCUUCUACUUCUUCUUCUUCUUCUUCUUCGGUGUGGUGGAAAGAUUUGAUUUCGAUUGGUAAUUUUUCGGCGGAAUACCCGAUAGAGUCGAAAUGUAGGUUUGUGGUUGGAAAUGGUUUUAUCACUCCGUUUUGGGAAUCUUGUUGGGUGGAUAAUUUUUGUUUAAAGGAGCUUUUUCCCAAGUUGUUUUCGAUUUCUUGUUUGAAAAGGGUAUCGGUGGCUAGUAUGGGCGGUUGGGUUGAUGGAGUGUGGAAGUGGGGGAAUUUCGGUGUGGUUUUGGGUGAUUAUACCGAUCCAUCGGUGGUGGCCGAGCAUGGCAUGCUUCAUAUUUUGUUGUUGGGCCGAAAUGUGCAUAUGGAAGGGAGAGAUAAGGUUGAGUGGAGUGGUUCGGGGGGAGGUUCGUUUUCCGUUGCUUCUUGUUACGAGUUUUUGGCCGGUUUUAAUUAUCCGUUUGGCCCUCCUAAUAGAUUCGAUGUUGUUAAGGAAUUAAUUUGGAAGGUGCAUGUGCCGUUCAAAAUUAAGGCUUUUGGUUGGAGGCUUUUAAUUAAUAGGUUACCAACAAAGGAUUUAUUUAUGUGUAGGGGUGUUUCUUUGUCGAUAGAGAAUUCUUUGUGUGCUUUUUGUGGUACUAUUCCGGAAAGUUGUGAUCAUUCUUUUUUCAAGUGUGAAGAGGCGGGAGUGGUUUGGAGAGAGAUAGCGGUAUGGGUUGGAAAACCGGUGAGUGGAAUGGAAGAAGAUUGCUUACAAAGCUUUAUGGAUUGGUACCUCUUUUGUAAAAAAAAGAAAGUUAAGGAAGGAAGAUGUGGGGUGAUAUGGUUAGCUAUUUUGUGGAAUUUUUGGUUGUCUAGAAACGUUUUUUGCUUCCGCAAUGAAGGUUGGGUUGUUGAUACUACGGUUUGGAAUAUCAAGUCUUUGUUAUGGAAGUGGUCGUUUUUCGGAGAAAUUACGCACCCAAUAUAUAGUUUCUAUGAGUUUACAAAAGACCCUUUGUUUUUCCUCUCAACUAUAUUUGGGAAGGAGUGGCUGCUGUUUCUAGAUAUAGCAGUAGUGGUUUCUUUUGCUGUGGGGCUUAGUUUUGAAGAAACAUGGGUGUACUGGUGUGUGCUAGGCGGUGGUGCGGAGGCGAGUGCGAACAGUUUCGUCCGCGGUGGAGGUGAUGGUAGGUCUUCAUCGUUUGGCCGACUGCGGGUGUUGCGUUUCUUCCGCAGUGCAGAUCAGAGGGAGAUGACUGUGUUUCGCGUCAGCGAGUUUGGUUGUUCCAGCGACGGUAGGAUUGGAUCCGAAGGGAGAUUGAUGGACCCAUUUGUGAUUUCGGUUGUUGCUACUGUUAGUGAACCAUGA